AUGUCAGAUAACAAGGAUAUCCGAAAAGUAGAAAGUAAGGAACAUGAGCAACAGCAAUCUCAACAGUUCAUGGAGAGGACGAAAGGAAGUGGAAGUUUGGGAAUGGUAGCUGGUGAGGGCAAAUCUGAUAGUCAGCAUGGAAGUAUGUUUGGGAAGAGUUUGCGGGAAGCUUCUAUCUUUACUGGUUCACAGUUGAAUCCACUCUUUCGUUUUGGAGGCAGUUAUGAUGAUAUUUUUUCAGAAGAUACUUUUUCGGAAGAUGCUGUUUUGUUUGCUGAGCAUGCUUCAGCUGAACAAGGGUCGAGAGAUAAUACAUGCGAUGUGACUGAAUUGAAGAAAGAAAAAGUUCAGCUGGAACAUGUUUUAUUUAUCACAAACGAAGAGUUGGAUGCAGUUCGGGAUAAAUUAUGCAGAGUUAGUGAAGCAGAAAAUGCACUGAAAAAGGAGAUUGAGGAUUUACUGCGGGAUAGAAGUCAACGGAUGGCUGCGAUGCGAGAAUUGGAAGCUGAACGUGAUCGUAUAUUACUUGCAAAGAAUGAAUCUGAGCAGAAGGCUGAGAUGUUGUUGCGCCAAAAAGAGGAUUAUGAAGGAAAAAUUAAUCGCUUAAAUCACGACAAAUCGCUUAUUGCAAGCGAUUUGCAGCUGCAGAAAAAUGAGGUAGCGAAAUUGAUAGAAAAGAACGUUUCGUUAGAUGUCAAACUUGAUGAGUAUGCCAAGCAAAAGCGAAUGGUUGAGUAUGAAAAAGAGCGUUGGGCUCAAGAAAAAGAAAUAUAUUUGCACAACAAAGAUUGGUUUAUGAAUGAAAUUAAAGAGCGUGAUCGAAAAUUUGCUGUUUUAAGAAUCGAAAUGGUACGAUACACCGGUGAACUGCAAGCAGAAAUAGCAUCUGUUACGGACAAGUAUGAAUCUGCAAUGAAUGAUGUUAAGAAAUUUACAACAGCACUCGCUGAUCGGGACAAGGAAAUGUCUAGAUUAAAUGACCGUAUUAAAGAGAUCUUAGAAGAUAAUGCACAAAAGUUGAAUAAACUGGAAGAGGAAUUGUUAGCGAGUGAACGACUUUGUUCUGUUUACAAAGAAGCCAGUGAUGAUGCAGAAAAUAACUUGCGGCAGCUUAAUGAAGAUUUUGAUAAUCGUGGAAGAUUACUUGAAGAAUCCAAAAAAGCUUAUGAAUUACUGUGCGUUGAAUUUGAAGAAAAGCAAGCAGUAUUCACUAAAGAAGUCGUUCAAAAAGAUAAGAAAAUUGAAGAGUUGUUGGACGAAUUGCAGAAAGCUAAUGAUUUAUUGAAAUCUAGACAUCGUGUUACACUGACGGAUGACGAAAUAAUGGAACUGUCUCCGGCAGCUGCUGCAGCAUCGUCUUUGAUUCGUCGUGGUGUUUCACUGACAAGUAUUUAUAGAGAACACUGUCGUGUUGUUGCGGAAUUAGAAGAAGCAAAGGCGGAAAACAAACGUAUCGAAAAUUAUUUCCAUGAAUUAGUUGAGGAUAUAGAGGCUAAAGCACCAUUGCUUGCGCAACAACGUAUAGAAUAUGAAAAGGUAUCGGAUUUAUGCAACAAUUUGCAAGAACAGCUGCAAUCGGUAGAGCAAGAGCGAGUGAAGCUUGAAAACGCACGUGAUGCUGCAACACGUGAGUUGACAUAUACUCGAGCUGAACUUGAGCGGUAUCAGCGUGACGUGGAGGAUUUGAAUAGACAGGUUCGCCACUUGCUGCAUGCAUCAGAAGUUGAGAGGGCGCGCAACACGGAUUCUCCGCCAAUGAACGAUGAAGACCGCGAUGUGCUGUGGAAUUCAAUUGGUGAAAUGCAGAAAGUGAACCAGAAAUUGAUGUCCGAUUUACGCACAGCUAAUGCUAAUCGGGACCGCGCAGUAGAGGAGGCUAAAAGUGAAGAGAUUAACCGACUUACCGAUGCUCUCAAUGAUGCUAUCAAGAAGUUGGAUUUUCUCAAAGAUGAAAAUUCAAAGCAGAAUAUGGUAAUUGAAGAACUAGAAAAACAACGUGAUACAUAUAAAAAAGUUGGUAACGAAAGAAAAACUUUAGAAGAGUCCCAUGCUAUGAACAAACGAAUUCAAGAAGCUAACUCUGAGAACGCAAUAUUGCGAGUGCAUUUGGAACGAGCGGAAAAAAGCUUAGAUCUGUUUCGCGAGGAAAAACAUCAUUCCGAUAAGCUUCUGCAAGAACGAAUUGAUCAGCAGUUUGCUUUAAUUGCGGAAUUACGCAAAACAAACGGAAAAUUGGAAGCUGAUGUUGAAGUACAGAGACAGACACACCUGAUGCUUACAAAGCAAUCAGAAAGUGAUUCCAACGAAUUAAGUUUGAUCCGUGAGAAAUAUAUCAAAAUGGAUAACAACUACAAGAUGGCUGAUGAGCGAUGUAGGAAGUUACAGGAAGAACUCAUGGAAACGAAAGCAGAAGUUGCUAAAUAUAAGACUGAUGUGGAAGCUCUUAUGGAACAGCUUUCGCUUCUGCGAAGCAGAGAAGCCCGAUUACAGCAGGAGUUGCAUAUUCUACGAGAAUCAAAUUACAGUAAUGAAAAAAUGUCGGUUACUUUAAAGCAACUGGAGAGUCGUCUACAACAUAAUGAUGAAGAAAAGGUGAAAAUUCUCGAGAGUCAGCUAAAACUUGCCAAAAAUGAAAAUGAAUCUUUGAAAAAGUUUGUUAGUGAAAUUUCGGAACAGCAUCGUUUGAUCAGUUUGGAUUUGAAGAUGACAACAAAUAAAAUCCAAACGGAACGUGACCAGGCCCUGGCAAGCAAAAAAUCAGCAGAAGAUCGAUUAAGUUGGAAAGAUAAAGAAUUAAAUGAAUUGCAAGCAAAAUAUGAUGACUUGAUGAAUCAGUUGAAAACACCAGAUACAUCUCUUGAAUCUACUGAUGGCGGUUGUAAAAAAGAAGCACAACAGCUUCGAAAUCGUAACAGUUAUUUGGAAAAUCAGUUGAAGGACAUGUCUCACAAGCUAGAAGCAAGUGAAAAAAUGCUGUUGAUACGUGAACAAGAACUUGCUGAAAUUAGCAAAUUGAGUAAUAACAUGGAAACAACAUUACUGGAACAGGGAGCAAGCGCUCUUGCGGAACGAAACAGCCUACAAGCGAUGCUGGAUUUGAUAAAAGGACAAUUAGCUGAAAGUGUGACAGCAGUCGAAAAUCAACGCGAAAAAAUUGCCGUGUUGGAACAAAAGCUACAAGAAGUAGCCACUGAAAAAGAGCAGCUGAAGAUAGAGCAAAUGAAAGAAUAUCAUAGUCUGGAGAAACGAUAUAGCAUUUUGGAUAUACAGAGAGUUAACGCUGAAGCCCGGAUACAUGAACUGGAAUUAGAAAAUGCGAAAAUUGCUGCUGCAAAAGUUUCGUUUGAUGAAGAAAGAAGUCGAAUAAAGGAAGACAUCGACAAAUUGGAGCAAGCGCUUCAUGCUAAAGAGGCUGAAUUGGUGAAUUUGAAAAACACUGCAGUCGAACUUGAGCAGAAAUCUGAAGAUGUUAGGCGAAGCUGUUCAUCGGAAGUGGCUGCACUUCGUGUUGAAAGGAAUCGUUUUGAGGAAGAACUCAAUUUAGCUAAUAAAUUGAUUGAGGAACAAAGGCAGAAACUUGAGGAAUUGGGUGAUAAUUUGGUAAAGGUAACGGAACGUAUGGCAAUCCUGGAACGUUCUGGAAGCACUUCAAUUUCCAGUGAUGAUGUUGUUUCACCUGUUGGUUCGAAAUCAGCUGCUGCAUUGCAUGAAGUCAUCAAAUAUUUACAAGGAGAAAAUCGACAAUCUAUGGAACGAAUGAUGAAUGCUGAACUGCAGUGGAAGCGUUUGCAAGUUCAGCAAGCUACGGCUGACGAGCAUCGAUUGAAAUUGGAAGAAGAAAUUCAAAAACUUCGGAAAGAAGCCGAAGCACAUGUUCGUGCGAUUGCGGAAAAAAGUGAAAUGGUAGCUCGAUUGAGUUUAAUGGAAGAUAUCCAGAAGGAAAAUCAGAACUUGAAAAUGCAGAAUGAAAAAUUGACUCGUCAUACUGAACAGCUGUCGAAAAAUAUAAAUGAUUUGCAAGUACGUGUUUCUAGUUUGAGUGCAGAAAAAGUUACGGAAAGGGGAAGAUUGCAAAAUGUUUCUGCUGACUUGCAAACUUGCCGAAAGGAACUCGAAUCCUGGAAAGAAAGGCACAAUCAAGCUCUGAUUUCGUUGGGUAAAUUUGGACCCGAAAGAGUAGUUGCUUUAAAUAACGAAGUCGAAUCACUAAAACGCAAGCUAAAUUUAAUAAUAGCGGAGCGUGACUCGUUGAAAAAGGAAAUAGAAAAAUCUGUUCAAGAAUCAACAUUUAAAGACGCUCUAAUGGAUAUGCAGAAGAAAUUUGAUGAAAGUGAAUCGGAACGGCUUAAACUAUCAGCAAAAUUUGAGCAAGCUAGAUUACUUGCACGUCGAUAUAGAAUGAAAUCUCAAACAUUGGAAAAAGACGUUGAAGGAUUGAAAGCGAUGCUGGCGGAGAAAUCAAUAGUAGAGGAGGAAAAUACUACCGAAACUGCAAGAUUGAAGCAAGAAUUACUUUCAUUACGAGCUGAGAUUGAGAAACAAAAACAACAGAAAGUUGUACCACGAACUGGUUGGCCAGUUGAUAUGGGAACGAGUGGUACACAGCCAGCGAAAGCAAGCACAAUUCUUCAAACACAGCUGAAACAGCUGGAAGGACUUAAUCAGCAGAAUAAGGAUUUGUCGAAGCAAUUGGAAGAGUCUGCUGAAAAAUACAAGGUAGCGCAGGCAAAACUGAACGAGGCCGAGGCUAAGUUCCGAGAAUUGAAAACAGAAAAUGAUACGAAGGAAGAAUUACGUUUUCGAUUAAAUUCGAUUACAAGUAUGUUAACCAAGAAAGAGCAAGAAGUGGCUCGACUGCGCGAAGAACUUGAAACAGCUAAGCAAUCGGAUGAAGCUUAUCAAGGGAAAAUAAAAGUAUUGGAAGCUGCAUUGGACACUUGUCGUAAAGAAGCCAGCAAUCGCCCUGGUUUUUCCGGCACGGCAUUCGCUAAAUCUGUUAGCUCGUCCACGCCUGUGAUUUCUCAAAGUCAGAGCUCUUCUAUUGCUGCGCCUCUUGCUACCAAUAUUGCUGGAGCAGAUUUUCUUUCCUUAUCCAAAGAAGAAACACCUACGACUUCGCAUUCAAUGCCGUGUGUUAAACCUGUCGCAACGGUAGAUGUUACUCAGAUUGAGAAGUUUGGAGACACGAAACAAGAAGUAACAGUGGUUGGAAGUAUUGAAGAGCACGAAGCACAUCGAAGCACACCUGUAUCAACAACUAGUGAACAGAGUAACACUGUGAGCCAAUCUUCUUCUGGCGAUAUUAUGCAAGUACGAUUACAGCAACAUAAUGUUACUUCUGGUAAUGGUAAUGGUGAUGGAGCCAAUAUCAUAACAAGUAGUGUGGCAGGUGGGGAUAUACCAACUGCAGUUCAAGGAAUGGUGUUGCAAGUGGGACCACAAGGAAUUUCGAUGAACCGCAAUGAAAAUGAAACGUCAAGAAAGCGAACAUACAUACCAUCAAAUGAUCAAAUUGAAACUGGAUCGGAUGUUUUAGAACCGCGAAAGCGCUAUCGAGGGAGUCCGAUGGGACAGGUAUCCACAAGUGGGCGUUUCAUGAAGUCAGGUAGUGAAAUACGAGUUGACAUCGAACAGCAUGCUACCGAUGAAGCUGAACAUGAAGAACAAGAAAAUGUUGAAACAACUACAAAUCCUGAAGGCGACCGAUCAGAUGGUAUGAGAACAAAUGAAACGGAGAAGAAUACUAAAUCAGCUGUUAAAAUCCAGGAAGCGAGAGCUGAUGCCAGUUAUGAAGCGGUUGGUGAAGGAGUGGCACAGGAAGAAGGGCACGUUGAGGAUGAGCAUAUGGAGGAAAAUGAGCAUGAUGUUAUAGUAGGUGAUCUUGGACGAGAAGCUUCAGCAGAUGAAGAUAAUCUUAGUGAAGAAGCGGGUGAUGAAAUGUUAGAAGAAAUGGAGGAUGAGGAGUUUGAUGAAGAGGAACCGGACGAAGAGGGUGAAUUUGAUCUACCUCCGCAUUAUAGAAGAUCUAAUUACAGCGCUUCCCGAGGUGGACAGCACUUAGAAUCAGGAAAUGAUGGUGAUGAUGACGAUGGUGUUAUUUUAAUAGAAGAUGACGAUGAUGAUGGUGGUGAAAUGGAGCAUUCACAGUCCCCAGCAGAUCUUUCUACGGAUGAAGCACAUGGUGGGGAUCACAAACAUUCAGUAGCUAUUGUGGUUGAUGAUGAUGUAGAAACGAGCUCUACUAAAACUCGUGAACGCGCUCAAGGCGAAUCCAUUCGUCGCUUGGAACUCAGAUUGGAAGCCGCUGCAGAGCAGUCUGGUUCUACCUCGAAUAUGGAUUCGUCAGCAUCACAGGCUUUUGUUGUAGAUCAUACGGAUGAAGGUGAUACAAGAUGUUCCGAGCAUUGUAAUUCAGAAGCGCUUUAUGUACCAUCUGUAGAACUUGAUUUGCACUCUCAUUCAUUGGAUAUAGCUUCGCAAGAUAGUGGUGAUGUUGUAUCUGGUUCAGAAUUGCAUGCAGUACGUGAUUCGCCACCGCUUAUCGAAAACAUUGAAUCCGAUAGUCGUGGAGCGUCAAGUACAGUUGCUCCGAUAACAGGUACAGAUGUUGAUAGUGGUGAGAGUGAACAUGCACUGAUAAUUGAAGAAGGUGGAAAUGAUGUAGCCGAAGAGGAGCAAGGAGACAGACACGCUACACAGACAGACGAUGAAGCAGCAUCCUCGGGACCGAGUACAUCAGAUGGACCAACAUCAAGACGUAUUAGAAUACGGUAUCCUGAUAUAACAGAACCCACUUCAAGCAGCAGUGAUACAAUUCAUCAAAUCUCGGGUUCUUUGCAACGCGGGGGACGUACCACACUGUUGCGUCGUGGACGUGGAUAUCGUAUGUAA